AACGGCGCUAAUUGUCAUAUGAUAAACAAUCAUGGCGACGAGUAGAGGAGACACUUGGUUAAAAGCUUGCGAUGCAUGUGAAGACGGAGCUCGAGAAAUUAUGGAGAAGAUUACAAAACGUAAUCAGUUACAGCGAAAUACAUCAGGAUAUGCUCAGCUGAAUGCACAAGCCAGGCAUUCAAUACAACAGUUUAAUAGAGACUUGAACACCUUGAAAGAAGAUCUAAAGAAAUCAUCGUCAUCAUACUUCAUUACACAACGAGAAGUUGAGAGGAGACAGAGGUUGUUGGAAAAGUUGGAGAGUAAACAAAGGCAAAUCGAGUUGAUUUUCAAUGAACGAACCACUGGAUAUGGAGAAGGAAGAACUGCAUUAUUAGGAGGGGAGUUUAGUCAGACAGCAGAAACAGCUUGGGGAGUGGAAGAGACCGAUGAAACGAGGGACUUGACUGUGGAUGAUAUAAGGCAGUACCAGCAACAAGCUAUAAAAGGUAGAAUUGAAAAUAUCAAGAUUUUCUGUUAA